CUGGGCGUCCUUUGUUAUUAACGGCCGUGGCAGCGAAACGGUUGAAGCCUUGAGGAGGAGAAUCGAACAAGGCGGGGCGUGCGGCACAUCUGAGGCAGGGGUCGGGACACGGUAAACACCACCAGCCAGCCGGGCCUCUCUGCACACUGCCGACUGGAGUGAUGGCGUGUGCAGUGAAGAGCCUCCUGGGCUCACUGAGUCGAGUAGCCACACCUUUAUAUGGAGCAGCGGCGGCAGCAGCAGCAGCAGCUCGCACCUCCCAGGCUUGGACCCCGCUGGUGACGAGUGUGCGCCAUCGCUACCACUGGCAGAAGAUGAAGAAGGGACCCCUGCUGAAGAAUUAUGGCCAAAAUGAUAUUCUACAUAACAAAGGACUAAUGCCGCACAUUGAGCACCACAAGAGGCUGCCCAUUCCUCUGUACCGUCCCAAGAACAACUGGGCAGAGAAGCGGGCGUUAUUUGGCCAGAACGACUACAUAGACAUCCUGGGACCCGGAAACCUUCACCCAACCAAGACAGCUUACAGUGUCCCCGCGUGGCUGCGGGGCUUCAAGGGCAACGAGUACCAGAUGCUGCUGAGGAAGAAGAAGUUGUUUGGCCAGCAGAUGGCCAUCUACCGCCCCUCAAAGAGGAGGGAGAUGGAUAAGCGUAUUGUCUGGCUGUACAAAUACCUCAACUUCAAAACCAAGGAUUACAUGUGGAAGAAAGCUUAAUGGAAGUGUGUGUGUGUGUGUGUGUGUGUGUGUGUGUGUGUGUGUAGAAUGAGGGUCUUUAUUAUUAAUUCUCAAGCAUUUUGUGUCUUGACUACUUUCAGCAGGCUGUACUGAAGGUUACAAAACCUCCAUAAGUCAGCAUGAUAGGGGGUCAGCCCUUGUUGACCAGAUGACAAUUCAAAGCAUUCAGGAAUAUGAACAUUAGUGUCAAACAAAAGUUUUACUGGAUUUGAUGAAUAAGUGGGAUGUUUGUAUGGAUUCAUUGGACAGUGUGCUACAAUGCCUAGUUUGUUUACUUACUGUUAGAGAAUGGCCAGAAACUGUUGUGUAUAUAAAACUUGUGAAUAAAACCAGUCACCAGU